AGUGUCUCUCUGUAAAUAUUAUAAUCAUCGGAGAGAUUUAAGAGAAAAAGAGAGAUCAUGCAGAGGCUCACGGCGAAAAGAUCGGUGCAAAACAUCUCCGGUUCUCUCUGGCGACGAUGUCUCACGUCGACGUCUCAGGCCACGGCGGCAGCUCCCGUUAAAGAUUCUGAUGAGUUUCAGGCGAGGCUUCCUCCGUUUGAUUACACUCCUCCGCCGUAUACUGGCCCUUCCGCCGAUGUUAUCCUUGGUAAAAGGAAGGAGUUUCUCAGUCCUUCCAUGUUCUGUCUCUACCGCAAACCGCUGAACAUUGUGGAUGGGAAGAUGCAGUAUCUAUUUGAUGAGAGUGGUCGGAGGUACUUAGAUGCAUUUGCUGGGAUUGCUGUUGUGAACUGUGGACAUUGUCACCCAGAUGUGGUGGAGCCAGUGAUCAAUCAAAUCAAGAGACUUCAGCAUCCUACUGUUCUUUACCUUAACCAUGCCAUUGCUGAGUUCUCUGAGGCUCUUGCUUCCAAACUUCCUGGUGAUCUAAAGGUGGUGUUUUUCACCAACUCAGGGACAGAGGCUAAUGAAUUGGCACUCAUGAUGGCUAAAUUGUAUACUGGAUGUCAAGAUAUUGUGUCGAUUCGAAACGGGUACCAUGGUAAUGCGGCUGCAACCAUGGGGGCUACUGCUCAGAGCAUGUGGAAAUUUAAUGUGGUUCAGACUGGAGUUCAUCAUGCUUUAAACCCGGAUCCAUAUAGAGGUGUGUUUGGUUCUGAUGGAGGUAAGUAUGCAAAGGAUUUGCAGGAUCUCAUUCAAUAUGGCACCACCGGACACAUUGCUGGCUUUAUUUGUGAAGCUAUUCAGGGAGUUGGAGGGAUUGUGGAGCUAGCCCCGGGGUAUUUGUCUGCAGCUUAUGAUACUGUUAAGAAAGCUGGAGGAUUGUUCAUUGCGGAUGAAGUUCAGUCCGGAUUCGCUCGUACUGGCAAUUUCUGGGGAUUUGAGGCACACAAUGUUGUCCCUGACAUAGUAACCAUGGCAAAGGGAAUUGGAAAUGGGUUUCCUUUGGGAGCGGUUGUGACAACUCCAGAGAUAGCAGGAGUAUUGACUCGCCGUAGCUACUUCAAUACAUUUGGUGGAAAUGCUGUUUCUUCUACAGCUGGUCUUGCAGUUCUGAAGGUGAUUGAGAAAGAGAAGCUUCAGGAAAAUGCAGCAAUGGUCGGAUCUUAUCUGAAAGAUAAACUCAUUCAGCUGAAAGAGAAGCACGAAAUUAUUGGGGAUGUACGGGGAAGAGGACUGAUGCUUGGAGUAGAGCUGGUGAGUGAUCGCACCCUUAAGACUCCUGCAGCCGCCGAGACUCUGCAGAUUAUGGAUCAAAUGAAAGAAUUGGGCGUGUUGGUUGGAAAAGGAGGCUACUUUGGAAAUGUCUUUAGAAUCACACCACCUCUCUGCUUCACUAAGGAUGACGCAAAUUAUCUCGUGGAAGCGAUGGACUACUCAAUGUCGAAGAUGUGAAGAAAAGAAAAAUGAUGGAUGCUACUAUGAAAGAUGGUGUUUAGUAAGUUGUGAUGAAGUAUGCUUGUAAUAUUAUGGUACGAACAACCAACGAUUGAUGAGCCAACAUCUCGUUGCUUCUCAAUCACUAUGUUUUCUUUUUGUUCACAACUUUUUUUUUGCGUCAAAAUAAAGUCAAAUAUUGCUAAACA